AUGAAGACGGGUACCUUUGCCAUCCUUACUGUUAUUGGAAUUUACGGAGAGAUCUUCAGGAUAUCAGCAUGGUCCGUGAACAACUUUUUGAUGUCAGGAACCCAGGCAUAUUUGAGAUAUUCGUCCAGUGUCGCUGCUGGUGCCCUACGUGGAAUUGAAGAGUGUAAAUACCAGUUUGCCUGGGAGCGUUGGAAUUGUCCUGAGAGCACCCUGCAACUCUCCACUCACAAUAAGCUGAGAAGUGCUACCAGGGAGACGUCUUUUGUUCAUGCCAUUAGCUCAGCUGGCGUAGUGUACACUCUUACCAGGAACUGCAGCAUGGGAGAAUUUGAAAACUGUGGCUGCGAUAACUCAAGAAAGGGACUUGCAGGUGGAAAAGGAUGGGUUUGGGGAGGCUGCGAUGACAAUGUAGAAUUUGGUGAAAGAAUCGCCAAAAAAUUUGUGGAUGCUUUGGAGACAGCGCAUGAUACCAGAGCUUCAAUGAAUUUGCACAAUAAUGAGGCAGGGAGACUGGCUGUAAGAGCAACCAUGAAGAAGGUCUGCAAAUGUCACGGGGUUUCAGGGAGCUGCAGCAUCCAAACCUGUUGGCACCAGCUUUCAGAUUUUCGAGACACUGGAAAUUACCUGAAGAUCAAAUACCGCCAGGCUCAGAAGCUGGAGACAGACAAGAAGAGAAUGAGAGCAGCAAACAGUGCAGACAGUCGUGGAGUCACACUCGAGACCUUCAGCACCCUGCUGGUCGGUGAACUUGUCUACUUGGAGGACUCUUCUGACUACUGCGUCAAAAACAUGACCUUGGGCCUACGCGGCACUGAAGGACGAGAGUGCCUGCAAGGUGGUACAAACCUAUCCCAGUGGGAGAAGCGGAGCUGUAAAAGGCUCUGUGCAGAGUGUGGGCUGAAAACAGAGGCUAGGCAGACAGAAACAGUUACCAACUGCAACUGCAAGUUCAUCUGGUGUUGCAAAGUGAAAUGUGAACAGUGCAAAGAAGUAGUCACCAAACAUUACUGCUCCAGACGAGACAGCUCUUCCUCCAAUAACACUCGGAGAAGAAACAAAGGACGCAAAUCAGCAGCUGUCUAA